UUGGAGACAGCCCUUUUGGUGGAUGCUGGGGUCUGACCUCAUGGCUAUCUCCAAUUUAGGCUGCAGACAGGUAUGCGGGGUGCCUUUGGAAAGCCCCAGGGCACAGUAGCCAGGGUCCACAUUGGCCAAGUCAUCAUGUCCAUCCGUACCAAGCUGCAGAACAAGGAGCAUGUGAUUGAGGCCCUACGCAGGGCCAAGUUCAAGUUCCCUGGCCGCCAGAAGAUCCACAUCUCCAAGAAGUGGGGCUUUACUAAGUUCAAUGCGGAUGAAUUUGAAGACAUGGUGGCUGAAAAGCGGCUUAUCCCAGAUGGCUGUGGGGUCAAAUACAUCCCUAACCGUGGUCCCUUGGACAAAUGGAGGGCUCUGCACUCAUGAGAACCUUAGCACUACCCCUUCCCGUCAUAUUCAUGCCCACCAAUAAAUCCAACUUCCUGUCAAAAAAAAAAAAAAAAAAAAAAAAAAAAGAAGAUACAAA